AUGGCGAUUCGUUGUGUAGCGAGUAGAAAAACCCUAGCCGGCUUGAAGGAGACGUCUUCAAGGCUUCUGGGAUUCCGGGGAAUCCAGACUUUCACGCUUCCUGAUCUUCCUUAUGACUACAGUGCGUUGGAGCCGGCGAUUAGCGGCGAGAUUAUGCAGAUUCACCACCAGAAGCACCACCAGGCGUAUGUUACUAAUUACAACAAUGCCCUUGAGCAGCUCGAUCAGGCCGUCAGCAAGGGAGAUGCUUCCACUGUCGUCAAGCUGCAGAGCGCCAUCAAAUUCAACGGCGGAGGUCAUGUGAACCACUCCAUUUUCUGGAAGAACCUUGCUCCUGUCAAUCAAGGAGGUGGAGAGCCACCAAAGGGAUCUCUUGGAAGCGCCAUUGACGCUCACUUUGGCUCCCUCGAAGGUUUGGUGAAGAAGAUGAGUGCUGAAGGUGCUGCUGUGCAAGGCUCAGGAUGGGUGUGGCUCAGUCUAGACAAAGAACUUAAGAAGCUUGUGGUUGACACCACUGCCAAUCAGGAUCCAUUAGUGACGAAAGGAGGAAGCUUGGUGCCUCUGGUGGGUAUUGAUGUUUGGGAGCACGCUUACUACUUGCAGUACAAGAAUGUGAGGCCAGAGUAUCUGAAGAACGUGUGGAAAGUGAUCAACUGGAAAUAUGCAAGCGAAGUUUAUGACAAGGAAUCCAAGUGA